AUGCCGCCGCCGCCGCCCCAGCAGCAACCCCAGCAGCAGCGCCCGACGCAGCCGAGCCCCGUGAACGUGACGAACGUCGUCGCGCUGGCGAACCCGGCGACCUUCGCGUCGCCCCUCGACUUCGAGAUCACCUUCGAGUGCACCGCGGCGUUGCCGGACGACCUCGAGUGGCGCAUGGUCUACGUCGGCUCCGCGGACGACAGCUCCUACGACCAGCUCCUCACGGAGGUCGAGGUCGGCCCCGUGCCCGUGGGCGUGAACAAGUUCGUCCUGAGCGGCGACGCGCCGAACCCCGCCGCGAUCCCGCCGGGCGACCUGCUGGGCGUCACCGUCGUCCUCAUCGCGUGCGCCUACCGGGGCCAGGAGUUCCUCCGCGUGGGCUACUACGUGAGCAACGAGGCGCCGGAGCACGACGUGCCCACGGCCCAGACCGUGACGCGCACGGUCCUCGCGGAGAACCCGCGCGUCACGCGCGUCGACAUCGACUGGCUCGCGCCGAAGCCCGCGGACGCGUACGCGGCGCCGGCCUUUAGCUUCUCCUAA